GGUUGAACCGAUCGAAACAGCCCCUUACAAGCACGCAUCCUUUUUUCUACCGCUGCCGAUCACGUCAAAGACGCCCGCUGACGCAGCGUCGAAGACCGCGGACUUCCGAAAGCUUCAACGCGCGCGCUCGAGCGAGCGUCAAGACGACCUCCGAAGCGGAUGCGAUGCAAAGCGGCGUACACACCCACGCGCCGAUGUUGCGUUGGUACCGGCGGCGCGAGGCCAGCAGGAGAUAUAAACGAGAAACGGAAUCGGUGAACCAACAUCCCGACGCCUGAGAAGCGCGGAAAGAAGCACGGCCCGACGACGACGACAUGAGCAAACGCACGGAGAAACCCGCCACAGCCGCCGCUGCGCUGGUACUGCUUUUGGUUCAGCUCUCCACCCACUGGACGCCCGUCAGGUCUCAGGGAAUCCUGUCUGAGGAAGAGGCAGCUUACUUCGGUCCUUCGGCGAAGCAGCGGCAGCCGCGAGACCCUCUGGUGGAGUCACUACGGGAGCAACUGCCUUAUACCCGAACCAUCGCCGGCAGCGGCGGUACGUUCUCCAUCAACGAGACCGUGCGCGGCACGGCGUACAGGGGUCACGUGUCCGUCCAGAAGGGACACCUCCACGGCCUCGCAACAGUCUCGCGGUCGGCGAAGAGCUGCGGCCACCGCAAGCUGCAGCUACUGUGGCCUCGGGUGACGGCCACGUUCAAGUUCAAGGCUUCGGUGAACGGCGUCCGCGUGCUUGGCUUGGCGACUGUGUACUUGCUGCCGUCAACGGUGCGGCUGCCCCUGGAUGCCGACGGUAUGCCUGCGGGGUCUUACCGCGUGGACGCAGUCAAGGCAUCGUCGUUCAGCAUGUCCUCGCUCAAGGGCUUCACGCGCCUCGUGGGACACAUGUCCCGGCGGCUGACGUAUGCGAGUCAAGCCGCGCUGCGCUCUUUUCUUACCGGCGAAGGGCGCAAGGUGCUGGACGUGACACUGCGCAAACUUUACAACGAGGCGACACCCGGAACAGCGUUGGUGUGCUGAGCGAGCGGGAGUGUGAUCGAAGUACUUUCGCGCAGCUAUGCUAUUCUGCGAAAACGCGACGUAGGAAUGUCUCUCUCCACGCACUCAGUGACGUUCCCGGCGAUCGACGACAGUCUUGUUAUCGUCAUCGUACAAGCUAAAGUACAAGCUCUCGAGCGGCCGCUGGCGGCAGCACAAUGUAAAACGCAGUCUUGUCAAACGUGUUGCACACUGCGGGCUUGAGAACAGUGUUUUUAGGCAGCAGAAUAACUAUGGUCAGUAUUUUUUUAAUAUAAAGUUGGGGGAGCAGCACGAACUGGAUAUCACUUCAAGCAAUGCGAUCAGUGUGCUGAAAUGGUUAGCGUCUGGGCAGUGCAUCUAUAGCUUCUACAUAUGAAGAUGUAAACAUGAGAUAAUAAAUAUUUCGUGCCACGUGGAACUGUUUCCUAUAUUCUUUCAAACUCCGGGGCUGCGAUCGCGAAUAUUAAUUCCCGCGCCCGUAAUCGUCCGAGACACGACCAAGAAUGGUAAACUGGAUUGUUAUCCCGGAUUUACCAGGAAGAUGCCUAAAUGACAACGCUCGAUCAUUUGCAGAAAUCAUGCAACGCUUCGGGCAGCAUAGGACUAUCCAGGACAUAGAAGCUCAGAGGUUUUGGCUGUUGGCUUCUGCAAAGCCUCUCGCUUCCUUUCAUUUUGUCUUUGGCAACGAACCGGUGGAUAGGGGGGCGCUAUUCAGUCUUGAAACGUUAACCUUGAACGCUGCCCCCGCCUCCCAAACUGCUCCAUAUAAAUCGAGCCUGCAUCGAAUUGUCCUCUGCGACGUUGGAAGGCGGGAAC